AUGACGGAUGUUGAAUGUCAUCCCUAUUUAAAUCAAAAGAAGCUAGCGGACUUUUGUAAAUCCAAAGGAAUUGCUAUAACAGCUUACAGUCCAUUGGGUUCUUCUGAUAGACCGUGGGCAAAACCCGGAGAACCAAAGCUCCUAGACGAUCCGAAUCUUAAAGCCAUCGCCGAUAAACGUAAGAAAACGCCUGCACAGAUUAUUCUGCGUUAUCUGACUCAAAGAGGUUUUGUUGCCAUUCCAAAGUCUGUUCAUAAGAAUAGAAUUCAGGAAAAUAUCAACAUAUUCGAUUUUCAACUAUCCCCCGAAGAAAUGAAAUACGUUGACUCAUUCAAUCGAAACGGAAGGUUGCUCAGAUUUGAAUCGGGAUCCAAGCAUCCAUACUAUCCAUUCCAUGAUGAAUAUUAAAAAACCGUGUUGUGCAGAAAGGAAAUUUAUAUCUCUUUGAUUCGCCUUACGAUUAAACCUUUAAGCAGUAUAAUGAAAUAUAAUUCUCUAUUUGUCUGUUCUCAUACACUAAAAGUUAGUAAAAACGGACUUAAUAUGUUUUAUGUAAUAUUCGAAAAUAAAUCAUUUCAUUUUACA